UGAAGAUCCAGUUUCUGAUGUGAGGCUCACUGGACGAUCAUUUCACUGAGAUCAACUUGAAUGACCAGGUGAAACGUGCCAAGAGGAAUGUCUAUGACUGAGUGCCACAGAGUGUAUAGCAAGACGUCCUGAACUAUUCAUGGAUUCAAGGGUUAUUUCCCUGCAGAAGGAAAUUUGAGCUAAGAUCUGAAGGUCAAGUAUGCAACUCAAACUUUAUGGACAAUGGCUACCUCUGUUGCUAGUGCUAAAGACCCUCUGUUUCCAGUGGCCUCUCAAACCCAGGAGUCUUGUGAAUCAUCAAACAGAAUAAUAACUGAUAAACAGCAGGAAGAAGCAGAAUGGGAAAACAUAAAUGUGUUAUUACUGAUGCAUGGUCUAAAACCUUUAUGCCUAGUCAAGAAAACAGAUCUCAAAGAUUUUAUCAUUUUUGACAAACAGUCAUCACAGAAGAUGAGGGAGAAUUUGAAAACGCUGAUAGAAGAAACAGCAUGUCAACAGAAAAUGAUCCAGGAGCUCAUAGAAACUAAUCAGCGGCUUAAGGAUGAACUUCAGCAAGAACAACAACGAGCAGCAUGUCAGGAACAGCGAGCUAAUGACUUAGAACAAAUUAUGGAGAACGUGAAGACCAAGAUUAGUGAAUUGGAGGGUGAAUCCCUAAAUAGGAUUUGCCAACAACAGAAUAGAAUAAAAGAUCUUCAGAAAGAGCAGAAAGCGCUACAGAUAAAAUGUCAAAAUUAUAAGAAAAAACGAAUGGAGCAACAAGAAACAAUUUCUGCUUUGCAAAAGGAUAUCUAUAGAUUAACGAAGGAGGAGGAGGAGCGUAUUAGUACUCAAAACCGAGUAUUUUCCUAUCUCUGCCGAAGAGUUCCUCAUUCCGUCCUGGAUAAACAGUUGCUCUGCUUAAUUGAUUACUAUGAAACUAAAAUUAGAAAAUUUGGUAAACAAAGAUUAGAUAAAGAUGAUGACAGUCUAUCAGAAGAAGAAAAAGAUUACAAAAAUCUGGGUGCCUCGCCAACUUAUAAAGGCCUGCUAAUGUCAUUACAGAGUCAACUUAGAGAAGCAAGAUGUAAGAUCGAUGCACUUUUAAGUGACAAGCUGAGUCUCCAGAAAGAUUUAGAAAGCAGGCCUACACUGAGUGAAUUUAGAUUUUAUAAACAUCAAGUGAAGAAACUGGAGAAAGCCCUUAAGAAAAAUACCAGGUUACAGAAUCUUAUUAGUGCAGAUGGGCCUAAGGACAGUGAGACAAGAGAUGAGAUGAACAAAGAUGCAGAUGCCCUCCUGGACCAGAGAUACUUUCAGGUGCUGUGUAACAUCAAUGCAAUUAUUCACAGUCCAAAAGCUCCAGCCAUAAUUUAUAAACAGAGUAAAGGGGGAGCCCAAAAUUUUAAUCAAGAUUAUGUGCAAGAGUGUGGAUUUGAGCAUCUUAUUCCUAUACUAGAAAUGUGGGCAGAACAACUGAUUUCCUUAAAGGAUUUACAUAAAUCCUUGAAAACACUGUCUGCAGAAUUAGUGCCUUGGCAUAAUCUAAAGAAGCAGGAUGAAAAUGAAGGUAUCAGAGUUGAAGAUUUGUUGCUUAUAGUUGAUACCAUGUUGGAAGAAGUUGAAAAUAAGGAAAAGGGCAGCAGUACUCCAAAUCUUCAAACUUUGCAAGCUGUUGUUUCUCACUUCCAAAAAUUGUUCGAUGUGCCUUCUCUAACUGGAGUCUAUCCUCGAAUGAAUGAAGUUUAUACUAGACUUGGCGAGCUAAACAAUGUCAUGAGAACCCUCCAAGAACUCUUAGAAUUAGAUAAUUCAUCCUCGUUAUAUGUGUUGGUGAACACAGUUGGGAAAUUGUGUAGAUUGGUGAAUGAGGAUAUCAAGGACCAGGUUGUGCAAGUAUUAGGACCUGAAGACCUUCAAAGCAUUGUCCACAAAUUGAAGGAACAUGAAGAAUUUUUCCCUGCAUUUCAGGCCUUUACUAACGACCUACUUGAAAUCUUAGAAAUUGAUGACCUGGAUGCCAUUGUACCUGCCGUAAAGAAAUUAAAAGUACUUUCAUACUGAAAACAAAUCAUUUUUACUGUGUAAAUUGCCUUCUUAACAUUAAAAGUAUUGUGUAGGAUUGCUCUUGAGGCAAGGGUUAUAAAAUGUGUGUGUAUAUAUAUAUAUAUUUAUAUUUAUUUAUUUACUCUCGGAAAUCAUCCCAUCUUAGUACUAGGUCUUUCUUCAUAUAUUUAUUAACUUUGAGAUUUUUAUAGUUCUAAGAUAAAAUUAGGAAGUUAACUUUAGAUCCUUUAAUCACUUUUUAAGAAGUUCUUGAGUCCUUAAAAUGUAAGAUGGUUUUAAAAAUAGUACAGUGUGUGUAAGAGAGAAAGCCGGGGAGGGAUAUUAUAAGUAACAGAUAAGUUGUGUUUAUGGUCAGGGAGUGAGUGAGUCUACUGGUUCUGGAACAAAGAAUGCCAAUGACUCUUCAAGUCCAGUCAGUAAGAAACUAAUGCUUUUCUGGCAAGGAUUAAUUGGCACAUUCUAUUAAGAUAUACUUCAUGGCACUUGCCCUUUUGAAGCAGGAGGAAGAAAAGGAAAAAGAAGAAUGUUUUGCCAUUCUGUAAGGGUAGGAAAUGAAUCACAAAGUAAACAGAUAAGUGGAUAGAAGUCUUUUUUAUUCAAUCUUGAUGUAAUGUACUUUUUUUUUUGUAAGGAUGAGUUCUUAAAUAAAAUUUUGCAAAGAA